GGUCGCAUCUCGCACGUCGCACUCGCACUCGUACACUUCUCGCACUUCUCGCAUACGACUUCGCCUUCAAUCUCACAACCUCAUUCCAUCAAAACCAUAGCCCAGCAACGCGCAGAAUCUGAUCUUGGCUCCACGGAAACUUCCUUUCGGCCUAUCAAUCACUGGCUACCUUGAUAUUCCAGCCUUAACUUUAUUGUGCAUCUUAAAAUAGCUGAUAGCUGGUAGCUGGUAGCUGAUAGGGGCCGCUGAUAGCUGACAAAAGGCUCAUAAGGCUUCGGUAUACGGAAUAUUCUUCCAUCGUCGUUUUCGGGCUUCUCUCGUCCCUCUGGCUAUUCCACGGGUCCUGCAAGCGCGAUAAGAUAAGAUAUCGUGAAAAUUGGAUCAUGCAAGGAACAUCUCGUAAACCGCAUCGAAAAGUCCGGACUGGUUGUCGCGUUUGCAAGUCUAGGAAAAUUAAGUGCGAUGAAAAUAAGCCGUCAUGCAACAAUUGCAUCAGGCAUUCCGUACAAUGCGAUAUUAUGGUCACCAGCGCGGCAGUCACACCUGCUGCAUCGGCCCCGUCGCCUAGUCCUAGCUUUAAUAGCGCCGGCACUCCCAUGAAUACGUUUAGCCCUAUGAGUACGACUGGGUCAUCGAGUUCUACCCACCAAAUGCCAUUACCUUCCAUUUCCAUGCUCGACAGUCAAGCACCAAGCUUUACUCUUCUUGACAUGGAACUACUCCAUCAUUACGCAACGUCUACGUCCGCGACUUUGGCUUCGAAUCCGUCUUUGGCGACAUUAUGGCGAGUCAACGUUCCGCAACUUUCAUACUCUCAUGAGUUUUUGAUGCGAGGUCUUAUGGCACUUUCGGCCCUUCAUAUUGCUUAUUACAGGCCAGAGAAAAGAGAUCUUUAUGUCUCGAGAGCUACUUUUCAUCAUCAAAAGGCAUUGGCUGUCGCAAUUCCCAUGAUGAGUGACGUCAACGAUGAAAAUUGUACUCCCUUAUAUGUAUUUACCUCCCUUACCUUAGUAUACUCGAUAGCACGUCCUCGAAAACCUUUGGAUCUUUUGAUUGUCGGCGAAAAUGAUGUGUCGGAUUGGGUUUCUCUUUUGAGAGGAGCCAGAGCUUUGUCAGACCAUGCUCCAGAUUUAGCUCACCAUGGAAGCUUAAGUCCCAUGUUUAGGGCUGGAGGAAGACGUGAUAGAUUGAGGAAUGAUCAGAUUACUCCUCCAAACGAAGAUCUCAUCAAUCUAGCCAAAUUUCUGUCACAGUCAACGACCGAUCCACAUGAUUUAGAAGCAUACACCCAAAGCAUAGAUGAGCUCCAAAAGUCUUUCGUCGUUCUCGUAAAUAGGGACCUUCAUAAUUUCGAGCCAACUGAUAUGUUCAUAUGGCCGUAUCGAGUACACGAUCAUUAUUUAGUACUUCUACGACAAAGGACUGCGGGGGCUCUCACAAUCUAUGCAUAUUUUGUCGUGUUGUUGAAGUAUCUGGAUUCACAUUGGUGGAUGAAAGGUUGGUCGGAAUAUUUAAUUGCUCAGAUUUGGGGUUUAUUGGAUGAUGAACAUCGGUUGUGGAUUAGAGGGCCUAUUGAAGAAAUUGGAUGGGUUCCUUGAUCGUUAUUCAAGGUUAAUAUGGGACUUGUAUGAUUGGAGAUGCGGUUAACUUCAUAGAAAGUUGCUGUUCAACAGUUUUGACACCAAAACAAGAGAUGGGAAAUGAACAACGGCAAUUUGCGGUAUAUACCAUUCAUUUUCAUGGCUACCAUGAAUCUUUGGAAUUGCUUUUCCAUCGCCCCAGAUGAAUAUUGCGUAUUUUGCGAACUGAGAUCUUGAGGUUAGGGGGACUGUCGAUAAAACCAUCAUCGUCCACAAGAUUUAUGGCAAAUAUGCAAUUCACGGAUUCCUUAUCCCCUUGGUGGAGGAUAAUCAGACUCGGUUGUAAAUUCAAAUAAACAAGGGGGCUCUAGGCACCUUUCGCAAGGAAAAAUCACUUGAUAAGAGCCUUUGUGAGUGGGUUCGCAAAUUACUUCCCAAUUUUUCAGGUCGCAAAUUUGGCUCACAAAGUUCUGUAAUUAAUCAAUCAAUUUCCCUACUUCAUCUUUCCUGUUCAAAACAAAAAUAAACUAAUUUUCCUCCUAUUCCA